AGGGCUUCCAGUGGAGAUUAUGAACUCCACUGAGCUGCAAGCCCAUCACAUAUCUUCUGGCUCAAAUCCACAUCAGCAAUGCUCAAAACCUGCCUAUGAAGCUGCAGAUAUGGCUGUAUACUGUGAUAAUUUCAAUAUGUAUCAUCAACAAAAUCUGCAUACUUCACAGCGACCUGUAAACUAUGGACUAGGAGAUUACUCUGCAACUACUAACCCUUACUUAUGGCUUAAUGGACCAGGAGUAAAUUCUUCGUCUUCCGCAUACCUUCAUGGGAACAGCUCUUCAUCCUUUAUGCCUCCUUCAUAUGGAUCUCAGAGACAGUUCUUGUCAAAUUCUUCAGGUUUUGGGGGUUCUGAUCUUGGUUGGCUAUCUUUAGCUAGCCAGGAAGACUUAUUAAAGUUAGUAAGGCCCCCCUACUCAUAUUCUGCACUUAUAGCCAUGGCUAUUCAGAAUGCACCUGAGAAGAAAUUAACACUGAGUCAAAUUUAUCAGUAUGUGGCUGAUAAUUUUCCUUUCUAUAAGAAAAGCAAAGCUGGAUGGCAGAACUCAAUCAGACACAAUCUUUCAUUAAAUGACUGCUUUAAGAAAGUUCCUAGAGAUGAAGAUGAUCCAGGAAAAGGAAACUACUGGACUCUGGAUCCAAAUUGUGAGAAAAUGUUUGACAAUGGGAAUUUCCGCAGAAAGAGAAAACGCAAAUCUGAAGCCUCCAGUAUGUCUCCUAUCUUGUCAAAACCUGAAGAUCUUCAUUCUAGUUCAGAAGUGAAGUCAGAAAACAGCCCAUCUACAAGACCUCCAUCAUCUCCAGACACUGACUGUCAUGUAGAAGAACAGAAAAGAACAUCUCCCAUGGGAAUUUCUUCUACACCUUGUCUUAACAAUUUUUUCAGCAACAUGGCAUCUGCUGGGUCUGCUUCAGUUGGCAGACAAGUGCCGUUUGGACUUAUGAAUGAACUGUCUCAAAGAAAUAUUAAUGGACUUAACCCUUACACUUCAAAUACAAUGCAGGAAUCAUCAGACUUCAAUGAAACUUUUCACCUAAACAGAACAAGUUAUUAUAGCUCAUUUACUGGAAGCCAGACAAACCAGUUCAAUAGCCACUUUUAUAACAGCAUUAGUUUAAAUGCUUUGAUUUAUCCCCGAGAAGGAACUGAGGUUUAAACAGACCAUAAUUAAUAAAUACUGCUAGCCAUGAGCAAGUUUUGCAUUCCAGUUCUAAAUAACGUCUGAUCUUUGUUUCUCAGAUAGUUUCUGCUACUGUUUAAGUAUAGGGAAAAACUGACUGAAUAGAUCAAUGAAUGUAGACAUCAGCAAAAUGGUAAAAUAUACACAUAUAUACUCUGCCCGAAAAUAAAUGAGGAAAAGCAGAUUAAUAUGUCUUAAAAUAUGCUUUUAAUGUUUGUUUACAUAAGUGAACUGAGAUGCAGUGGUCAGAUAUUCAAACCAUACCUACCACUUAUAAUCUGGUACAGGUGAGGUGUUACAUCUUUGUGCAACAGCUCCUAGGUCAUGCAAGUUCUAAAUUAAACUCCCUUUAGAAAACUGCGUGCCACAACUUAUCUGGGAAGAGUGCUACAUGGAAAAAAAGGAAAAUGAAAAUUGCCUGCAGGCAGAUUACCAAAGUGUGCCUUUACAAUAAUGUUUGUAGACUGAAAACUAAAAUGUUAUAUUCUUGGCCUGUAACAAAAAUUGUUUGUUUUA